AUGUCGGUAGGCGACUCUCUUGCCACUGCUGCUGACGGAGGAACUCAAAAGUUAACUCUUUGUUCCCAGGAUCGACCACAAGCAGACCGUUCCGUCCCAGACGACCGGACGGCCUCCCUUGCCUCCACCCUGGUCAGUUGUGCCCCCGCCAGAGGAUCCCGAGCUGCACCUGUCCCGUCCAACCUUGACGGGCGGACCCUCUCACCGGACAGCGACGUCGGACAGAAGCGGCGCCUAACCCGGACACUCCACCCCGGCUGCUACAAGUCACCCUCCACACCCGUGCCUGCAAUUAACCCAGGCCCUCCAGACGGUGACCUGCCUUGCCGUGGCCCUCAGGAGAAGACCUGGUUCCGCCCGCUGCCAUCCGUCCGACCAUCACGUCCUGCUGCGAGUCAACCACCUCCGCAGGUGUCCGGACCGUUGCUGCUGCCAGCUGACCAGCCACCUCUGAGGCAAUCGUUCCUGCUGCCGGCUGCCGCCCACAGCUACGACCCCGCUCAAGAGCGCCCUUUCUGCAACCCCUUCCCGAAAAACCAAGACUGUAUUCCCAAAAAAUUAAAUCAAAUCUCAAAUAUUUAGAAGUGUACAAUUUAUAGGGAAUAUAACCAAACCCACACAG